AUGGGCUUGAGUGUUGUAUUGCUUUUGAUCAAACUGUCAUUAGUAGCCUCCACACUGGCAUCGCCGGCGCCACCGCCUGCCGCCGUCAAGAAAUUGGGCUGCGAUACCAUGUGCGGGGACGUGAAAAUCUCUUAUCCUUUCGGCACAACCAAAGACUGCUUCAAAGAUCCUCAUUUUCUGAUAACUUGCAACACUUCCUCUGGAUUCCCCGUUCCUUAUCUAGGAACAAAAACCACUAUCCAAGUUCUCAACAUCUCUGGGGAGACCAGUGAGCUGCUCGUCUUCACUCCAGUUUAUUAUGAUUGCUACGAUCCUGGAGAAGGCAUUUAUUGGACAAAAGGCUUUCAGGUGCCUCCCAAGUUUGCCAUAUCCAAUACAGAGAACGAUUUCUUCGUCGUUGGGUGUGACACCUACGCUUUCCUCUACGACAUUGGAGAAAAAAGACCCAUCGGCUGCAACUCAGAGUGCAGUUACGGCGAAACCAUGGCAAAAGGAUCCUGCUCCGGCGCCGGCUGCUGCCGGACUAAUUUUGGGCAACCCAUUAGAAAUUACACUAAUAGUAUUGUUUUUUAUGGUAGCCGAAACGCGUCAGACGUCCUCAAAUGCAGUUAUGCGUUUUUUGCCAAGAACGGAACUUUCAACUUUUCCGACAACGACCUUGACGAUCUAGUCCAACAUAAAAGAUCUACGGUGGUACUGGAUUGGGGUGUUGAUGAGACGAAAUCAUGCGGUGGAGCCUGCAAAGAUGACGAAAGUAUAUGCGAAGAAUCACAAAGUGUCAAAGCUUACUACCUCUGCAGAUGUAAACAAGGGUUUGAAGGCAACCCCUACCUCCGCGGUGGCUGCAAAGGUGAUUAUAGAAUAUUAAUCACACUUUGA